UCUCUCUUAAAUUGUAAACGUUAAACAGGGGUAUUUCGGUCAAAAAUCAAAUAAGAAAACAAAACAGGAAAUAGCUAUGAAGCAUCAUAACAUAUGGACUCGCAUGGCUUUGUCCUAACUCAAGUGAGUAAGUGGCCACCUUUGUCUCAUAGAGUGUCGUCCGAUGUACCAUAACUAGUGUUGACAACCCAUUUCACCGAAGAGAAUGAAGAAUCCAAUAUGCUCUACUUCGAGCGACGACGACGAGUACGACUCGGCGGGUUUGGAGCCGUAUUGUUGGUGGAGAUCGGCGGAGAAGUUCAAAGACUGUACAAGGCUCAAGCUUUAUCUCCCCAACGUGGCGGGCCUCACACCGAGGCUAAGGGUGCUGAGAGAGCUUGAGAGAUUGGCUCUUGUUGCGCACGAAGGUCUCAAUGACCUCAGGCAGAAGCUGGUGACGUAUCGGUCCGGUGAUUUUUGGAUGCCAACCGGAGGUGUUCCCAAGGAAAAGACUGAUAUUCCUCCAGUUGUUACAAUUCUCUUGGUGGGAUUUUCUGGUUCUGGCAAGAGCUCUCUUGUCAACCUUAUGUACUGCGUUUUGGGCCGCUCAGGACUCGUUCCUUUUGCUCAAACUUCUUCUGGGAAUAGUCCUGAUUACACAAGUAUGUUUUUGGAGGAACAUAAUGUACUGAGGUCACUGCGAAGUGGGUUUUGCGUGUAUGACUCGAGAGGUUUUGACUAUGAGCAAAUGAGUGAGAAUAUAGAAGAGUUAUCAAGUUGGAUGAAUGAUGGGAUUCACCAUAAUCAGCUGUGUUUAAGAUCAGGAGAUCAUUUGUUACGAAAAGAUGAACUAGAAGUUCUUAUGUCGAGAUCGUCUUCAAAAUUUGAAAGGAGGAGAGUCAAUUGUGCCAUGGUGGUGGCUAACAUAGCAGAGAUCUAUAAGGCUUACAAAGCAGGGAAUUACAAGCCAAUGGAUGCCAUUAAAGAGCUCUACUCUUUACCUGCCUUUAAAAAAUGCAUUGAGAGCCCAAUACUGAUAUUGACACAUGGUGACAUGUUAUCAACUGAGGAAAGACUUGAAGGGAGGAUUAAAAUAAGUGAAUGGCUAAAUAUAUCAGAGACAAGUGGAGUGUAUGACAUUGUGUGCUUAACCGAGUAUGGAUUUAUUGCAGAAGAUUCAGACCCAGUUUCAGCUUAUGCAAUGACAGAAGCAAUUUAUAGAGCAUUGAUCAUAUCAGACAGAACUCAUUCGCCCAAGAGAAGUUUUCUGGACUGGGCCAUGAUCGUAUUGUCUUGGAUUAUGUGCUUCAUUGCAGCUUUCUUUGCUUUCCUGUCUGAGAUUUGCUCCAAACUCUCAAACAGCGGUGGAAAACUGAAGUUGUGAAGGUGAAUCGUUUAAUAGUCUAAGCUAGUUUAGGACUCCUGUGAAUUAUAAUGAGUACUACUAAUAUGACCAUUUAGAAUUAGGUAAGUAGGUGACUACUAAUGACUCAGAUGGCUAACUCUCAUGAAUUCUUAUUUUACUUAAUUUGAGGUACCAUUUAGUUUAGGAUCUAACGUUCUAGCUCAAAUUUAUGUGUAUUUGUUACCUGUUUCAGUAGGUUUUAACUUGUAAUCGAAGGAGUUACUCUGAUGAAAGUAAUUUAUUCAUCAGUAGUGUAUGGACUAUGUAGUUUAUUCUCUUGAUCUCAGUAGAUUUUAAAUAACCUCGUAUUGAUCUUGUA